AUGCCGCCGCAUGGAGCUUUGGCAGUGUCGAGAGGGCCGGACGACAACCACACGAUAAGACGAGAAGCUCGAGUUCAAGUGAUUUAUUGGGUGAAAAGCGACCCUUAUAUAGGGAAAUCCAACGUAGGAAAGUACAAUCAAAUUUGAAUAAUAAAUGAUGAUUUCCCUGGGAAGUUGGGCUCGAAGUACGGUCGUUCCGCCUCGCAGGCAGCAAGAAGCUGCAUUCGCCCAAGUCGUCCGAGCAAGACGACGAUCUCAGCGCCCAGCCCCGCAACUCCAAAACACAUUGGCGAAAGGUGGAUAUUGACGUCAGCUAUCAGCCCGCGAACGCCAAACGGCCCGGUGCGAACGGGCGAGUGAACAGACCGACUCAAUCCCAAAGCCAUGCGUCGUUGGAUUCGGCGGACUUGAAGCGCCGCACAGAGAGCAGGAAGUCGAUGCCUGGUUGUCAGUUGAGCCAGAAAUACAAUAAUUCGGAUAGCACCGGCAAUAGUGAUAUUGGUGUGAAGAAGGAGGAUAGGGAACGGGCACACAAGGGGUAAGCGUCUAAAGUCGCUAGGACAUCGGUAUACAUGAUGAUAGCCAUCUUUCUAUCAGUUCUAUCAGUAUGCUGAUUUCUAUUAUAUACUGUAAUGUUUUUACAAAAAAAUCAAUUUUUUCCACGUGAAAUUGGCAAAGAUAUGGCCGAAAACUGUUUUUAUCUCUGACCGCUCUCCGAUAUUUUUGUACACUCUCCGCCGCAACGAUUGUCGAACAUCUCGGCCUAUAUUAGUCUGUUGGGAAAUAUUGAGCACUCUGUCGCAUCGAACAUAGUAUCGUCGCGGAGAAAAUGAAUUUGUGUCGCGACAAAACCAAAUUGUUUUUCACUUUAGCAACACGAUCGCGCAGCGACUUUGUGGCAAAAAGUCAUUGAAAUUUCCUGCGAUUUCCUGGUAUUUGUCGAAAGGCCCGACAACCCAGUAACGAGACAAGACGAGAACUCAAGAGUCAAGUGAUCUAGUCAGUGGAAAGCAGGCCUUUUAUAGGGAAGCACCACGUAGGAAAGUACAAUCAAAUUUGAAUAAAUGUAGAUUGUUCCUCGUGAGAAGAUCCUCGAAGCUCGGUCGUUCCGCUUCACAGUAUUCAAGGCUUCUCAUGUAAGUUGAUGUGGUUGCCAACGGAAGCACUAGGGUUCUCUUGAAGGCGCCCUGAAUGAUCAACGAAUUAUCUCCAAGAUUACGGCGUAGGAAGUAUUGCGAUAUUAAUGUAAAAACGGAAAUUUAUGUAUCUCUGUAAACCGUUAUACGUACAAGUGCUUCAUUGUAAAAUUUUUUUCCCGAUUUUUUUUCAAAUUUCCUUCACACAGCUUCCGUUGAACCCCCCAUUGACCCACAAAGCAGCCCGACCAAUUCCGAUAUGAACUCGGGGAAAAAGUCAUAAACAUUUGCAUUCGCACUUUUAUAACAAUUCGGUCACAGAGAGACGGAGAGAACGGUUUGUUUAGAGAAAAUUUGCAUGACUCAACGGUAUGGAGGGGGAAACGCCGUUCGCGCCCGACUUUAUACUUUUUUUAUUCACACAAGGAGAGUUUUAGGGAGUUGCAACGUCUGGCAGUCAAGGGGAACGGGGUGAAGUCGGUAUUGGAUAGGGAGAACUUUUUUGGUCAAAAAGUUUGGGGUGGAAAAAAACGAUUUUUUAUGAAGUUUUGGUUGAUGAUUUUAGAUCGACAGUAAAAUAAGUACCAUAAGGAGCUUUAAAAAUGUUUUUUAUGAGUUUGUUAUGUACAAGAUUAUUCUACAGAGGCUUAACUGUGCACAUCCUCGUUGCUACGAUGACGUUCUACAAAAAAAUAAUUUUUUCCGCAUGGAGUUGCAGAUCUACGGCCCAAAUGUUUUUUAUCACCGACCGCAAAGCCGUCAGAAGUUUUUUUUAGUAAACAAAAAAUUUAUCUGUCCAAGGCGAUCCGGAAUAGAAAGUUUAGACGUAUUUUACAACCUCAAAUACUUUUUUAUUUCAGUCUGUCGGGAAAAUAAUAUAAAUUUGCCGCGUGGAAGCGCUCACGGCAACCCAGGGAGUCUCCCUCCUCGUUUCGGCACUUCGCACACCCAGUAUCGUUCAAAUUCACACGAAAUGUCACAACAAAAAUGUAUCGUCUUGCUUUUCGAUGGAAAAAUAUUUUUCUCGAAAUUAUUUUAUUGCUUUUGUCAGUUGUGACACUUCGUUUGGACGAAACUCAAACGUGGGCGAGAGACAUUUUUGUUCUAUUAAUAUUUCGGUUUGCCGUGCGCUCAUCAUCGCUUCACGACAGCUAUCCACGGCUGGGGAGCAUUGGUGUGCGACUGCGGCGAGGCUGGACACUUUGACACUUCGCUGCGACAAGUCCACAUUAUUUUACCGACAGACUGAUAUACCAUACUAUCAGCUUGUCGGCAAAAUCAUGAGAGCAAUGUUGGUGCUCUGAUUGCAUUGCCAUAGUAAUUUCUGCAACAUGCACUGUGCAAACACAAAAGCUUACGUUGCGCUGUGCAAUUUGCUGAUUUUUGCACCGUGCAAAUGACUGUUCUGGGCUGUCGCUGGCACCUUGAUUUUUCGCACAAAGCAUGUCGCAAAAAUCAGUCCAACGACUUUGCGAACUCAAUCUGCGUCGAAGACUUACUUAAGAUUUAUUUAUUACUGCCUAGCUGGAUGCCUUUGUGAGAACAAGACUACACGAUAUUCUGGAAAAGACUUCAAAGAAUUUGCGCUCGGAAUUUCCUCGGACUCAACGGAGUUGCACCUGGCUAACAAUGAGAUCUUGCAAUCUCUACGAAGCAUUUUGGGAGGCUUCCAAAUUUGCUGAAAUUGUAAUUCAUUAACGAAAUCCUUCUUUACUCACCUUGUUUUUAAAGUACGUUAUUGGAACUUGUUUUAAAUACUUGUUUACAAACAAAAAUUUCACUUAUAUCUGCAAGGCGAUCUGGAAUCAAAAGCCUCAACCUCAAAACCUAUUUUACGAUCUCAAAUACUUGUUGAUAUCAGUCUGUCGGAAAAAUAAUAUGGAUUUGUCGCAGCAAAAUUUCUCGUUUCGCACCAAUCCUCGGCAGGUCGUCGCAAAGCCAUAAUAGGCGAUUUCAUUGCCCUAAAAAUCCACAAUAUUUUCCCGACAGACUGACAUGUAGUAUGCCCACGUCUUCAAACGCCCUACCCAACUCGAAUACGAUUACUUUUUUCAGGGAUCUGAACCAGCUUUUAAUCAGAAUUGGAGCAAAACUUUCGCCCCCACCCGGAUCCCCUCGUACCCAGAAACCUUUUCCACUUUUGUUUUUCUUUUUUCCGCUUAUUCAAGCGGUUAUUUCUUCCGACGGAGAUUGUUUCAGCCGCCUAGUUUUCAUUUAUAAUUCGCGGCUAUCCAUAAAAUUUGAUUAAAUGCAUAAUUUUAUACUCCUUGUGACAAAGCGCCAGCGCUUUUGUUUUCAAUUUCGUGAUGAUUUUUUAUGAUUUUUUUUUCGCUUCUUUGGUAAAAUACGCGGAUUUUUUGAACCUGUGGGAUUUUUUGCGACACUCGCGCCAAAAUAAGGUUUAGUUCAUAGAAAAAAUGAAGAUAGUUCAUGAUCUAUCUUUGGGUAAUUCCAAGACUUUCGCGAUUGAUUCUUGACUAAUUCUAAUUCAGCACCCGCAUGAAAAGUUUCAAAAAUCUUCUUUGUCCCAUCUAAAGGUGGGAAUGGGCCCGGGCCAGGCCUGAGUAGAUUUGACAAGGAAAGUACUUUUAUGGGGGCUCCUACUUUUUGACGGGACAUAGCUCAAAAAAUCAGAAAAAAUGUGCUGAUCAAGGAAAUAUAAAUCUUAGCUGCCCAUUUUAGGUUUUUAGGGGUGAAAAAUCGAUCGGAAGUUGGCUUAAAGUCCUAUAUAAACCCAUUUUCGCUUAAUUUUUCACAGGUUUACAAUUUUUAUCUUGGCUUAAAAUGAUGUUUAUUGAGUUUCUAAGACGUAAUAGAUCAGUCUUGGCACAAAAAUUUAUUUUUCCGACCUUCAUCUUCAAAAAAAGUUGAUUCAGCCCAAAAGGAAAAUUGAACCCGUGCGGCUUUCGCCCUCUUGAUUCCCAGACUACGGCACUAACUACUCGGCCACACCGCUCUCUUCCGUAGGAAGAGACCGGCUGCGCUUUUUAUCGUUUCGAAUGCCUGCGCCUUUUGUAGGGAAAUUAAGCCAGUUCUUGGGCAUUUUCACCCAUAAAACCCCAAAAUGGGCAGCUAAGAUUUAUAUAUCCUUGAUCAGCACAUUUUUUCUGAUUUUUUGAGAUAUGUCCCGUCAAAAAGUAUGAGCCCCCCAUAAAAGUACUUUCCUUGUGAAAAAGCCCCGGGCCGGCCCGAUUGCCAAGUCUAGCCCAAUCUUUGAUUGUAUGUAAGACUCUCCCUAGUUGCUUUGGAACUGGGACGAUUGGGGAAAAAGAGGAUUGGGGGAAAGUACGAUUGGGGAAACCGAAAAGUAUUAUUUUCUUCGAGGCAAAUAUCGAAAUUAGGGUUUUCGAUGGUGCUGAUUUCAAAAAUCAUGUUCAUUUUUUUGAUUCUUUCUUUUUUUCUUAAGUAGUACUGUAAAGUAGUAAUUUUUGAUUUUUUUCACAAAUACUCGAUAUAAAGGUUUUCGAGGGUGCUGAUUUCAAAAAUCAUGUUCUUUUUUUCAGAACUUUACUAUUUUUCCUAAAGUAGUAGUGUUAAAAAGUAACUUCUUGAAAUUUUUUAAAAAUACUGAAUAUAGGGUUUUCGUGGGUGCUGAUUUCGAAAAUCAUGUUCAUUUUUUCUAGUUGUUAGUUGUUUCUUAAGUAGUACUGUUAAAUAGUAAUUGUUUGAAAAUUUUCAAAAAAUACUGGAUUUAGGGUUUUCGAAGGUGUGAAUUUUCUAUUUGUAAAAUACGUUAUGAACUGAUGCUUGCAGUGUAUGACGUUUUUUUCCGAAAGGAACCGUUCAGUAGAACUUCUGUACAACACACAGCAAACAAACUAUUUUGAUGAAAUAAUAGCAGAGAAAAAAGUCUAUUUUUGGCCAUAUCUCCGUAAGGCCAAGUCGAUAUGUUCGAUGCACGGUGCGAAACCAAAAAAAUGAAAUCGCGGUGCAAAAUGGGAGUUUUUUGUGCACGAUGCGUGCCACUACAAAAUGUCCAUGCACUUGAUGAAAAUACUACCAGACUACCAGUCUGUCGCGAAAAUAAUAAGCACCUGUCGCAUCGAAGAUCGCAUCUCCGCCGGGAAAAUGAACAGUGUCGCGGCAAAAUCAAUUUGCUUUUCAUUUCUGUAUUGCACCCAGUAUUUUCUUGGCAGACUGGUACUAUGGUUUAAAAAACAUUUUUUUGGACCACCGCAAUUCGUCAUGCACGUCUUUCAAAUUAACGAUUUUUUUCUCGAAUUCAAAACCUUCCCGUAUGUAUAACAUAUAAUAUUUGGUAUCAAACAAAAUGGGGUUGUCUGAGGAUUCAGAGCAAAAAAGAACUUUAAGAUUUGGCCAAAAACGAAAGAAGUUAUAGCCAAUUCAAAUCAGGCCACAAAGAUGCCCCACCCUGUAUUUAUCAGUCCGUCUGGAAAAUCACUCCGCCAAUGGCAUCGAUGAACUGGGAAACAAUUUGUUUUUUCCACGACACAAUUCAUUUUCUAGGCGGCGAUGCAAUUUUCGAUCCGACGGAUUGCUCAUUAUUUUCCCGACAGACUGUGUAAAAAACAUAAUUUUUUAAUACUUUGUGGUUUGUCAUACAUAGCUUUCAGCGACACAAAAUUUUUUCUCAAAAUUUCACUCAACUUUCCCAUCUCCAUAUUCUUAUUUAUUCGUCCCUGUUUUGCCCACUCCAAAUCGCUCACUUUUCAUUUGCAAAGACAAGAGUCGGAGACAUUCCGAAAACGAGGGGCGGAGCCCGAGCGGAAGGACAAGAUAUUUCGCGAAACUCCUCAGAUCCUCUCCCGCCUCUUUUCCGCCCGCUACUGCCAAUCUCUGACGGGGGGACUUGUUGGGAUUUUUGGGGAAAGUUUUGGCCGAUUAAAGCUGAUUUUCGGGAUUUUUUGGAAGAAAAAUUUGAUUUUUAGGGGGAAAAAUUGAUUUUUUUAAGGAAAAAGUAAUUUUCCUGGGUAAAAAAGUUGAUUUUUUGUUGGAAAAUUUGAUUUUUUUAUCGAAAACUUAGAUUUUUGCUCUGAAAAAUGGAUUAUUUAAAAAAAUUUUGAGUUUUUUUUUGGGUUUUUAUAAAAUACGCGGUAUAAAACAGAUUUUCCAGUCUUUAAAAUACCAUUUUCACUUUGAUUUUCAAUUUCAUUUUCAGCUUCUCCCAAGAAAUCAUUCUUGAUUUACCGAAAAUUUGAGUUUUCCUCGAUUUUUCUGGGAAAAUGUCCCAUCCCAAUUUCAAAUGGCCCUAUUCAAGAUCCCUCUGGAUAUUUUUGACACUUGUAUUUACCUUGACUGAAGUGUUAUGUUGUCCGGAACAUUGCUCAUGCAACAGUGGGAUAGUGAAUUGCAUAAAGAAAGACUUGACUCGGAUUCCCGAUGGGAUCCCGGAAAAUACCGUUCGAUUGUAAGUUUGAGGUCAUUUUUUGGGUGAAAAACUUGGUAUAACGAAUUUUUUUUACAAUAAAACUUUUGUAUAACAAAUUUUGGGUAUAUAAAAAAAUGUUUGUUAUAGAAAGGUUUUGUUUUUCGGAGGCCAAUUUCGGCCUAAAAAAACUUGGUAUAACGAAUUUUUUUAUAAUAAAACCUUUGUAUAACAAAUUUUGGGUAUAUAAAAGAAUGUUUGUUAUGGAAAGGUUUUGCUUUUUUUGAGCCCAAUUUCGGCCUAAAAUUGGCAUUUAGGGCCUUUAAAAUAGUUUGUUAUGGAGAGGUUUUGCUGUACAGAGGCUUGCUUGUAUAUAUUUUUAAACAAAAAAAAAUAAAAAAAUUAAAAAAAUAAAUUUUUAAACCUCGAAAAAAUUCAAAAAAUCAAAAGAAAAAUUGUUUGUUAUAGAGAGGUUUUGCUGUACAGAGGUUUGAUUAUAUAUAUUUUUAAAUAAAAAAAUAAAAAAAAAUAAAAAAAAAAUUAUUUUUAACCUCGAAAAAAUUUAAAGAAUCAAAAAUUUCACGAUUUUUUGAUAUUUUUCAUUUUUCGUUUUUUUUUAUUUUCGUUUUUUUCAGAGAUCUUCAAGAAAAUCAAAUCUCAAAGAUUGGCAAAAAGGACUUGGCAAAGCUGACGCAUUUGAAGAUACUGUAAGUCAUUUUUUAUUUGUUUUUUGACCAAAAUUUUAUAUUUUUUUAUUUGCGAUGACUAAAAAAUUGUUUUUUUUUUAUUUUUGAUGACUAAAAAAUUAUAUUUUUUUUCAUUUUUUCCAUCCAUUAACUUCAAUUUCCAGCCAAUUACAAGACAACAAGCUGGCGACAAUCGAAAGCGGCGCUUUCGAUGAGUUGAGGAAUUUGGAGAGAUUGUAAGUUUUCUAAUCUCCAAUAUUGGCGCAUUUCCAGUUUUGUAAAUUUGCAAUUAGUGUAGGAUUUUUCGUCUGAGAAAUUAAUUUUUUGAGUUUUAGACGGCUCAAUCGAAACCUUCUGCAGACAAUCCCGGAGAAAUUGUUUGAGCAAAAUCCGAAGCUGCAUCGGCUGUAAGUGAAUUUAAAAUUUUUUUUAAAAUAAAAAAGAAUUGUUUUUUAUUUAAAGUUUUUUUUUAUUUUUCAUUUUUUAAAAAUUUUAAAAAAGUUGUGUUUUUAAUUUUUUAAAAUUUUUCAAUUUUUUUAUUCUCAAAAAAUAUUUUUUUUUAUUUUUUUUACACUUUUCCAAAAAAGAAUUAAAAAAUUUUAGAAAAUAAUCAAGAAUUAUUUUUUUUUAACUUUUUUUUUUAUUUUUCAAAUUUUUUAAAAUCUUGAAAAAGUUAUGUUUUUUAUUUUUUUAAAUUUUUCAUUUUUUUUAUUCUCAAAAAAAUAUUUUUUUUAUUUUUUUUACAAUUUUCAAAAAAAAAUACAAAAAUUUUAAAAAAUAAAAAAGAAUUAUUUUUUAUUUAAAAUUUUUUUUUAUUUUUCAUUUUUUUUUAUUUUAAAAAAGUUAUGUUUUUUAUUUUUUUAAAUUUUUCAUUUUUUUUUAUUCUCAAAAAUUUUUUCAUUUUUAUUUUUACAAUUUUCAAAAAAAGGUAAUUAAAAAAUUAAAGCAUUAUUUUUUAUUUAAAUUUUUUUUUUUAAAUUUUUCAAGUUAUGUUUUUUAUUUUUAUAAUAUAAAAAUAUUUUUCUUUUUUCUCCCCCCAUUUAUAAUUUUUUUACUGUUUAUCCAAGAUUUCCCUCCAUUUUUGGCCUUCCGAACAAAUGCCAACCCAUAUCAGAAACCCCUUGUAUAAGACUCUUAUAAGAAGAGCGUUUACUCGGCUUUGUUGACAAGUAGUCGGACAAAAGAAGAGAAAAUUUGUCUUCUUUCGGAUAUAUUCGUGAAAUAUUCGCUGGGGACCGUUUAAUGCAAAUUUUCGCGAGCCCAAAAAACAGAAAUUAAUAGAAAAACGGGGGUUUCGAAACGGGUGAAAAAAAGUGGUGAGACUCUGACACAAAUUUUACUGGGAAGUUCUCCAAAUGCGACGCUCAGAUUUUGAUAAAACUUGGCACAAAUUGAGAGUAAUUUUAUACAAGUUAUAUACAAGAUUUCAAGCUUGCGCUUUGCUUAUGACAUUUUUUUGCGACUUUUUGGAGAUGAAAAACUUUAUGCUUAUUUCUACUAUAAAAUGUAAUGUUCCCACAAAAAAUCAAUUUUUCCCCUAAGAAAUUAGCAAAGAUACGGCCAAAAAGUGUUUUUCUCUCUGACCGCUCUCUCCUUUUCGCGCACUCUCUUGACCGCAACUGAUUUGAAUAUUUAGCCUUGUAUGGAAAAUCAUGAUGCAUUUUCAGUCUGUCGGGAAAGUAAUGAGCGCUCUGUCGCAGCGAAAAUCGGCCGUGAAAACGAAUGGCCUUCGCGACAAAGCAAUUUUUUUUCACUUCAGCGGCACGAUCGGCGCAGCGACAUUUUGCUCAUUAUUUUCCCGACAGACUGACAGGUGGUCCAUCUCCGAAGUGUGUGCAAAAUUUUGAGGUACUUUUUUUGUGAAAUGGUUUCUGGAUAUGCCGUAUUUUAAAAUCAAUUUUUUCUUAUUUUUUUGUCAAAAAACGUAUGGCUUACAAGGGAAGUGCUCCAAGUGCGACCCCAGAUUUUGAUGAAACUUGGCACAAAUUUAUAAUAAUUUUUUCUAAGAUAUAUGCGAGAAUUCUAGCUUGCGCUUUGCAGAAACAACCGAGAUUUUUAGAUCAAAAGUCGGCCAAAAUUUAGGACUUUUUGCCGAAUUUCGGCACGAAAAGUUUCAUGCCUAUUUCAACCGUAAAGGACAAUGUCUCUACAAAAAAUCAAACUUUUCCGCACGAAACUGCCAAAGUUAUGGCCAAAAAGCGGGUUUUCUCUCUGACCGCUCUCCACGUUUAUCGUGCUCUCUCGGCGGCAAGAAUCGUUCGAUAUCUCGGCGGCGCCCGCAAAGCGCGAGCUAAAACUUUCAGGAAUUGAUAUUUAGUCCAUACCCGACGGGUGGGCAAAAUUUAAAGAAAAUCUGAGCGUCGCACUUGGAGUACUUCCCUUGUCAGCUAUUUUUUGAAUAUUUCACACAUUCUUUUCUCAAUUUUUUCUUUGUCAAAAUACCAAAAAAACAUUGCUUUUCGAACCCACAACCCUCUCAGCUUCCCAAUUCACAGGAAUAUUUGCAAAACCACCUCAAGCGUAACUCCGACGCCUUCUCAUCUCAAGUCCAAUAUAAUUUGAUCCAAUUUUCCUGGCGACAAAUUAUCUCCAGCCUCUUGUUUGCCUCAAAUACAUAUUAUCCAAAGAAGCGAGUCUCAUUGUUUUUUUUGCUCAAAUUUGAUUUCAAAAACGGGAAAAUUUCGAGAUUUUCGUCCGCGACGAAAUUUGAAUAACACUCGAAGGGCUUAUUAGCAUACUUGCGUAAGAGCGAUGAGCGGGAGAAUAAGCUACUAGAGCUCAAGAGAGCCUUGUUUUUCGGAUUUUCGGCUUGAAAUUUUUCGCAAGGAAAGUGUUUCUAUGGGUUAUGGAGUUACAGGUCGAGACAUGUAUCACAAAAUCGAAAAUUUCUCUGAUUCAGAAUAUGUAAAAAUUACUGCCCAAUUUUGGUUUGUAAGGGCGAAAGAACCCUCAAAACUUUUCUUGCAACACUCGCAAAUGCCUUUUUGACCAAGUUUUUGCCAAUUCAAAAGCUUUGUUUUGAGUUAACGUAAGCCCUGGCAAAGCCUUAAAAUAUCAAACUUGAUUAAUAAUACACCUAAAUUAGUGGUUCAAAUGUAAAAAAGGGGCUUUUGCAUGGUGUUGCGAGAAAAGUUCUGACAAGGGAAGUCACUUUUUUCGCAGACGGACGUUGGAACGGCACCUAGUAGGUUUCAAACGUGAAGCGUCUGCGAUCAUAAAACUGAUUUCCAAAAGUGUUUACGGGGCUUCUCGGCCGAGAAAAUCGACCACAAAGUUUAGCCGAAAUGAGCGAAUAGCCUCCUCAAAAGAAACAGCGUAUUUCAUCUGCAGCGGUGGCAUGGUCAGCGCGCUCGCUUCUUGCGCCAGAAGACGUGAGUUCGACUUCGGUCGUAAGCCCCGUAAACACUUUUGGAAAUCAGUUGUAUGAUCGCAGACGCUUCAGGUUUGAAACCUACUAGGUCCCGUUCCGAUGUCCGUUUGCGAAAAAGGUGACUUCCCUUGUGAGGGUUUUUUGCCCUUACAAGCCAAAACUGGGCAGCUAAUUUUUACAUAUUCUAAAUCAAAAAAAUUUCGAUUUUAUGAUAUAUGUUUCGACCGGUAACUUCAUACUCCAUAGAAGUGCUUUUCUUGUCAGAAAAAUUAGAAAUAGAACCCUCAGUGCAGUGAAACUUCACUAUAACGAACUAAAAGUCCGUUUGAACCCAUUUCAAGUCAAAAUUAGUUUUUGUACAACACAGCCUUGUUAGAGCAAAUAAAUAUAUUUUUUUGUUGUACCUGAAAAAAACUUGAUUGGUUUUCGAAAAAAAAAUCGAAGAAAAAAUCGAAAAGAUUUUUGGAAGCUCUCAGUCGGCGGUCGUAAAACCGGGCUUGUAAAACCCUUUUUUCCUUUGCCAAAAGACACAAGACGACACUAUGAUAAACAUAAAACCUCGGAGCAGUGGAAUUUAGUGUUCCGAGGGAGAAAUGAGAGAUCAGCAAGUUGAAUUUGAAUUUUAUUUUGUAAACUGCUACUUAUAGAGAAAGAAAAGAAGUCUUUUUAAAAAGUGAUAAAAAAUUUUCCUAUUCGGUCGAUUUUUUGGAAUUUGUAACAACCACUAAAAAUUUUGACUCAUAAUUUUCAUGUCCCACCGAGAUAUUCAACAAUCUUUUUUUCGAGAGAGUACGCAAAAUGAGGAGAGUCAGUCAGAGAAAAAAAAAUAUUUUUUGGGCUUUAAUAUAACUUUUGGGAUUAUCUUUUGGGAAAAAAAGCAAUUUUCUUAUGCAACUGUACACAUAAAUGUGAUCCUUAACAUGGAUGGAUUUUCGCAACAAGAAAAAAUGUAAUUUUUUUCAAAACUGGGCCAAAAUAAUUAAAAUUAUUAAAAAACUUAUACAUUAUAUACAUUUUGCUCUGUGCCAAAUUUUGGCCAUAAUUGGAGGACUUUUUUUGUCAUCGAAAUGUGAAUUUUUUUGGUUUUUCAUCUCAAUUUUUAUUUUUUUUCUUCAAGCCAAUUUUUUUUUCAAAAUCUCUCAACUUGAUCCGCAAAGCCCUAGAAUUUCGUAAAACUGAUCCGAACGUCACAACCUUUGAUUAUCGAACAAUUUCGGAGAACUUGACACCAGCACCAAUCCCCGUCUUUUGCGAGAAUUGGAGUCCGAAAAUUUUGAAUGACUUUGACGUGGGCCCCAUUGGACGGGCGAUAAAUAAUCAAAACGGAUGGCUGGAAAACAAGUUGGGAGGUGGAGGAGAUGUAUAUUUGGAGCAAAAAUAUUAUAGUCAACACUUUGCAGUAGGCAAGAAAAAAAUUUUUUUUUAGUUUUUUAUUAAAAAAAAUAAAGAAAAAAAAAUUUUUUAUUAAAAAAAUCAAAAAAAUUUAAUUAAAUACAGAUUUAACAGCAAAAAAUCAAAAAAAAAAAAUUUUUUUUAACAAAAUUUUGUUUAAAAUUAAAAAAAAAUUUUUUUUUAAUUAAAAUUUUUUUUUCAAAAAUCAAAAAAAAAAUAGUUUUGCGAUGACCUGUCUAAUCCCCCUCUGCAUUGCGCAACCCCUUCCUAUUGCACAACCAAUUUUCUCAUAACUGUAACCCUCUGUUCGUCGGCUUGGCAUUUCUUUGAUUCUUUUAUUCCAUCGCCUUUUAUGGCAUUCAACAGCGAACCCAUAAAAAUACAAAAGUCGAAAGGGUAAAAAUAUAAAAGAUAUGUAAAAAAAUAAGAAACGGUUUCGAAUGGAAUGCAUAAAGUCUCUGUAUAACGGACAGGCAAAAAAAUUUAAUAUUCGUUAUAGAAGGGUUUUGUUUUACAGAGGUUGGAUUUUGGGUUAAUUUGUGAGCCUCCAAAAUUAGCGACAAUCCACAUUAUUUUCUCAACAGACUGAUAUUCAAUAUUAACCUUAUGCGCUUUCUAAAACAGAGCGUAUUUUAGGAUUUAAAAAAAAGAUUUUUUCAAAAUUUGCAUUUUAUUUUCGCCAGCUUCCGGGCUCCCUUUUGUCUCACUUUGAUUUGUGCGCAAAAAAGUUUCGCAAGAAAUCAAAGAGAAGGCCGAAAAUGAAGAAUUGAAACCGGACUUUGACUUUGUGCGCGCUGAAUUUAUGGGGAAAUGUCGAUACAAAAAUUCGGGUGUAAGGGUCCAACAAAUUGUAAGGAAAGGCGUCGUAGACAAUGUUAAACCUCUCUACAACAGGCUCCUGUACGAGAAAGCUUGUUUAUCAGUCUGUCGGGAAAAUAAUGGGCACUCUGUGGGUUCGCCGAAAGCAAUUUAAUUCUGUAGCGAAACAAUUCAUUUUCUCGGCGGCGAUACGAUUUUCGAUGCGACGAAGGGUUCAUUAUUUUCCCGACAAACUGAUAUUUGUCUGUCGGGAAAAUAACGUGGACUUGUCGCGGUAAAAUGUCUCCAAAUCUCCAGCCGUCACCAACUUUCGCACAGCGAUAAUGGGCGAUUCGAAGGCGCGAAAAGUCCACACUAUUUUCCCGACAGACUGAUAAUAGGAUUUUCAUAAAGUGUAUAGACUUCAUUACCUCAAGUAUUGAGAUCUUUGUGACCAAGUCCGCUGGCGAAAUACGACUGGGUGCUCAUUAUUUUCCCGACAGACUGAUAUUCCGAUCUUUUUCUGACCCAAAAAAUUUUUAUAUUCAAAUAAAAAUUUAAUUAAUUUCCCGUCAUUAACAAAUUUUUUGACCUUGUUUGCCCCCCUUUUUAUGCCUUUCUUUUGCAAAAAAUCCCCGAAUAUUUUUUAUAAACCCCUAAAUGUUGCCAGCCUACCGUAAACGGAAUGUUAUCAAGAUCGCUAGGGCUUUGGCUUGUCAUGUUUCCGCUGCGAAAAAAUGGGUCAAAAUUUUUAUGAAGUGACAAAAAUUAAGACAUGUCCAAUUCCUCAUCGCUUUUACGAGCCAACAUUAAAUUUUCGGGAGCAGAAGAGCCGUUAAAAUUUUGAGGUCAACGGAUGUUGUAAUAGGCAAGAGAAUUUUGAGUUACAAGUCAUAUUUUGGAAAUGGAUUUGACUGGAGAAUUUUUGAGUUUGAAAGUAGAAAACUCAGUUAUAAUGAUGUCAUUAAAUGCAGAAGUAACAUGCAAAAAAAUGGUGCAACUUGGCACAAAUUUUAAUUAAAAGGCUAACCGUUUCGAAAACGUUUACUAGUACUAUCUGUCGGGAAAAUAAUGAGCCCUCUGUGGGAUCGAAAUACAAUGCUUAUGGAAAUUCUGAUCCGUUUUACAGAGGCAUUAUCCUUUAUGUAUCUGCAUGUAUGUUCAACCGUAUAUUGUUGCUGAAAUACCACCGAAUGGAAUGCUAUCUUUUAUAUCUUUCCCCGAAAUGUCUUUUUGGCCCGCUGGGCCGAGAUGAUGUUGUUACAAAUCAAAGGAAGAAUAAUGUUAGUUUUGCGGAGUUCUUUCGCCGAUUUUAUGGGCUUCAUUAGAUCAUUCCGGGUCCCGAAAGCGAAUUAAAAACAGUCGUCCCAUUCAGUUUGUCAAAAGGCCUUUAAAAGUCGGUUUUAUUGAGCAAAUUCAGAGACCAAUGGACAAGAGCGAAAUGACUAAUAGUGAAGGUUUUUGAUACCGUAGAAUAUCUGACAAUAUACCCCAAGUGCAACAGUUCAGAAUUAUUUACAGAGACAUGUCAUACGGCUAAACAUGUUUUAUCGUAUAAAAUGGCAUCUCAGUGAAUUUUGCAAGGAUAAGCUGAAUGGGAUUCUAAUCAAUCCCUGAAAAUCCUAGCUCGCGCUUUGCAAGGACCGCUGAGAGGCGCUUUGCAAGGACCACCGAUCUUUGUGGCCGAGAGAGUGCGCGAAAUUCGGAGAUCGGACAGAAAAAGCAAGUUUUUGGCCAUAUCUCUGCCAGUCUUAUGCGAAAAAAUUGAUUUUUUAUGGAAACAUUACCCUCUACAGUAGAAAUUUUUCGAUCAAAAAAAUCGGUCGCUUUUGAAAAACGUGAGCCAGGAAUUUCGGAAAAACUUCCGGAAAGCGGCCCACUCUCAAAAAAGAAAAUUUUUCUGCACUAGCAGCUUGCGCCCUGGUUUCCCUGCAGACUGCGAACAAAAUAGGAAACAGCCUAAGCCUGAGGCUAAGCCUAAGCCUGAGGCUAAGCCUAACCUGCCUAAGCCUGAGGCUAAGCCUAAGCCUGAGGCUCAGCCUAAGCCUGAGGCUAAGCCUAAGCCUGAUAUUCCUUGCAACCGGAAUUGUUCGGGCGCAAGCUGCGAAGGCGAUUUUCGAGAGUGGGCCGCUUUGCGGAAGUUAUACCGGCAUUUCGCAUAUUUCUUAGAAAAAAUUACCCUAAAUUUGUGCCAAGUUUCAUCAAAAUCUGAACGCCCCCAAUUGAAGCACUUACCUUGUUUGACCCAAAGAGGACGCAACAAUUUAUGCAAUUAGCCGCAAAAGGUCAUGAACAAGUUCUCAAGGCCUUCCCCUGACUUUUGCAUAUUGUUUACUUGAGUGCGCAAUUAGCGAACACAAGUUGGGAUUAAUUAGCUGGGGAAAGCGAAAGGUGAAGGUGGUUGGGCGACCUUUGAGUAAUUGACAGUUUGAGGAUGUGAAGAGCACAAGUGGCCGGAGUAGCGAAGGUUUUCUUGUACUGCUAUGCCCUCAACACAUCAAGUUUUGAUAGAAGUGGACAAACUGUCGAGAGGCCAAGGGACAACCACACGAUAAGGCGAGAAGCUCGAGUUCAAGUGAUUUAUCGAGUGAAAAGCGGUCUUUAUAUAGGGAAAUCCCACGUAGGAAAGUGCAAUCAAAUUUGAAUUAUAAAUGCUGAUUUCCGUAGGAAUUCGGGCUCGAAGUUCGGUUGUUCCGCCUAACAUCUCCUCCAAGUGAUCAAAUCGGGUACGGCUUGGCACUUUCAUCGAACUGGCUUCGGAGCUUGGCGGGAACACGGACUGGCAAAAGGGGCACGCCGGGACCAUUUUGACAGAAGUAGAUAAACAAAAGGCCCAGCUACUGUAGAAUAUCUGCUCAGCGGACUCGUGAACGACAUAGCUAGCCCACAACGUAGAAAUUUAGCAGGUCCGAGUAGCCAAGUCUAUAUAGAGAAUAUGGAGAAAAAUGUACGCAUAACAGACCCAUACACACUCUGUCUCAAAAUGAUAGGAACCCUUAAUAUCAGUUUGUCGGUAAAAUAAUGUGAAUUCGUCGGGAAUCGCGCAUUAUCGCUGUGCGACAGCUAGCCGCGGCCGGAGAUUUGGUGGCCGACUGCAGCGAGGCGAGACAUUUCGCUGCAACAAAUCCAAGUUAUUUUCCCGACAGAAUGAUAAAAAACUUGUUUGCUCUAAUUUGAAAGCCCCCACUCUCUCUUCCUUAUUCAAAAAGAUUAUGUCUGGAAGCGCAUUUCAUGCGCAAUACUCCAAUUAUGAUCCGGAUUAGAGCGUGGGAUAAGAGAGUAAUCCGUAACCCACAUGUUCCUAAUGCAAAAGCUCUUCGAAAAAGGCUUGAGAAAUCUGAGAACCUAAUUGCUAAUGCCUUAACCAUACUCAAAGCAUCACAUAAACAUUCAAAAUAACAAAAAAAAAGCAAAAAUUCCAUAAAAAGUCAUCAUUUUUCCAGAGAUCUGAGUGAAAAUCAACUGGCCGUCAUCACGGAUGACCAUCUCAUUGGCCCCAAAUCGAUGCGGAAUCUGCAGCUGGACAAAAAUCGAUUGACUUGUCUGGACACUCAACUGAUCUCCAGCUGGAAUGAAAUGGAAAUUUUAACUUUGAAUGGAAAUAGUCUGAAUACGAUGGGAGAGAUCGCGGUUAACCCAAACUUGAGGGUUUUGUAAGUGGUUUUUGCGGAUAAGUGAAAUAUUUCAAGGCAAAAAAAUGAAGAAGUCAUGAUCUUCAGUCUGUCGGGAAAAUGAGCACAAAUUUUUCAUGCGACAGAGCGCUCAUUAUUUUCCCGACAAACUUAUAUAAUAUAAUAUUUACCCCAUUUCCCACAUUCAGCCGCCUAUUUGACAACCCCUGGCAUUGCGAUUGCCGCCUCAAAUGGCUGAAGCACGUCUCAACAGCCACUGAACUCCUCUCCAACGUCAAAUGCCAUCGACCCGCCAUGCUGCAAGGCCGGAAUAUCGCCAGCGUCGACAUCCAAUACAUGAAAUGCUCGGGGAUUGAGAAAAGGGCCGCAAGUUCUUGCCAAGAAGCCAGAGUCUGCCCAGCCGUAUGCACUUGCACUGAUACGACGGUCGAUUGUAGAGAUCGAGGACUGAAAUACAUCCCGAUGAAUCUGCCAACAUCCACAACGGAGUUGUAAGUUCGGGGACUGAGAUUUGUUGGAUCUUUGGGUUUGCUACAAUACGUAGAGUAAAAUGCAUGGGCUUUUUGCUGCAUAGUUGCGCCAAUUUUGCGGCCACGUCCGAUUUGUAUAAUAUUUUCUUUUGUCGGCCACGGUUCGGCUCCUACAGAAUAGUUGGGAACGGAAAGGUCCACAAAAAAAGACUUUUCUAAUCUUAUUGAGGUCUGGAGGGGUGUGGGAAAUGGUAUUCAUCGUGCUGAUUUAGAAAAUCCAACCCAUUUUUUCGAAUGUUAACUUGUUUUAACUUUCAACUUUAGUGCGCUAGACAAAUUGCCUGUCCACCAAGUUGUUUGGGAGAAUAAUGAGCACUCUGUCGCAUGGCGAGAAAAUGAACUGUAUCGCCACAAGAUAUGCGUUUGCUUUUAAGUUCAGCGGCACGACAUUAUUUUUCCUUUCUGAAAAUAAUUUCUAAUCUGAUUGAUACAACCAAUUAAGCGUAUUUUAGACAAAUUUAAAUAGUGAAAUUAUUCGUUAUAGCUAGGUUUCGCUAUAACGGACUGUACGAUAGUUUGCUGUGCUAACUUUGCUCUAAAAGUUUGCACGAUAACCAGCCAGCUAGUGGUGUGUUUUCGAGGGGCAGCGUAUUUUACAACAAUUUCAAUGCUUUUGUUUUUUUCAAAAUGUAUUUUUCAGGCGACUAGAGCAGAACCACAUCACUCAGAUCCCGAAAGAUGUGUUCAAGCCUAUGAAGAACUUGAGAAGACUGUAAGUUAUACAAAAAAAGAAAAAGAAAAAAAUCUUUAUAAUUUACAUAUUUACUCUACCUGAUUUCAGCGACCUGUCCAAGAACAAUAUCCACACCGUUGAUCCCGAGGCAUUUUCUGGACUAUCUUCCUUGAACACAUUGUAAGCGGAGCUUCUAGCAAUUUUUGUCAUCAUGCAUAUGUAUCUUAUCGCUUCUACAACUUUUAUCCUCUAAUUUCAGGGUCCUCUACGCCAACAACAUCACGGAUCUGCCUGAAGGCGUGUUUGAUCCUUUGGUUGAGCUACAAUUACUUUUGCUGAACGCCAAUAAACUUCAAUGCCUUCGCAAGGACCUCUUCAAGAAGCAGGGAAUGCUAAACCUGCUCAGUUUAUAUGACAAUGAAAUCAAGAGCAUUGCGAAUGGCACUUUCCAGCCUUUGAAAAUGCUGCAGACUCUGCACUUGGCAAGGAAUCCGCUGAUCUGUGAUUGUAAUUUGGUAAGUGCAGCUAAUAUCAGUCUGUCGGGAAAAUAAUAUGGGAUUCGUCGCGGAAAAAAAUCUCCCGACAGACUGAUAUUGAUCUCUAAAAAAGGGCAGGUAGCCAGACAGUAUUAAAAUUUUACACGCUGGUUCUAAAUUGGUCCUACAUAUAUCAAUCCCCAUGUAAGGGCUAGAGCUUUAGCCUAUGCUUUCAAACAGAAACCUAGAUAUUCCAAACUAUUUUGCUUGAAAGAGCAUGCGAUAUAAGGAGAGACGGGUAGAGGAAAUGCGGGGUUUUCUCAUACUUUUACUAGUCCGGUCGUAAACUUGCUAGAGUGAUUUUGGCGAUAUGCAGUCUGCAAAAAAAAUUUGAUGCGGGCGACAGAACAAAAUAGAAAAAAUUGAACACACUGAAGCCAAAAUUGGGCCAACAUUCAUCUAAUUCUAUCGUCAAUUUCUCUUGUAAAUGUUAUGCCGCGUGUUGCUUUACUCUUUUUUUUAUAGGAAUGGCUAGCCGAGUACCUUCAUCACCAUCCAAUCGAGACGAGCGGAGCCAAAUGCGAGGGCCCAAAGCGCAUGGCCAAGAAGAAGUUGGGGAGUGUUGCGGCAAGCAGCUUCCGAUGCAAGGGUAAGAAUAGCCGUCGCACAGCGAUAAUGGAAGAUUCUAAGGCGUGACAAGUCCCUAUUAUUUUCCUGACAGACUAAAAAUAGUAUUAUACUCCGCCUGCUUCAGGUUCCGAGAUCUUUGUGACAAAGUCCGCUGGCGAAUAUUUCAUCGACAACGCUUGUCCGGCCGGCUGCUUCUGUCAUCACACUGUGGUCGACUGCAGCGGCAGAGAAUUGGAUCAAGUUCCAGAGGAGUUGCCCCACUUCACCACGGAGCUACGGCUAAAUAAGAACAAUUUGAAGGAGAUCAAGGUGUCCGACGGAUUUGGAGGGCUAAAGAAUCUGCGGAAAUUGUGAGUAGAAUACGUUGACUGUUUCUGAAAAUUCAAAAUUUUCAGAGAUUUGGGACAAAAUCAAAUUAAAAACAUCGAAAAUGGAGCGCUGGAUGGAAUGCAAAACUUGAAAGAGCUGUAAGUUUUCAACAUUUAUCCUAAAAAAGCCCUUUGUCAAAACCCCCCUAGUUCAAUUUUUGGCCAAAGUACACCGCUGUACAACAAAAUUCAUCUAGCAAAUCUUGUCAGAGGUUAUACGAGCCAACUUUUGGCCCAGGCUCUCCAAUAACAUACCACUUUCAUGGUCCUCUAUUGUUCGUUUUACGGAUCCAAAUUUUUCUUAGUGCAGCGGAGUUUUAUUGAACGUCAGCUCGUUCUGCACGCCUUUUUGACAUAAUCUUUUAGAAACAUUGAAUCGAUAAAAACCUUUAAUUUUUUUCAGGAACUUGUCAUCAAAUCACAUCCGUCAUUUUUCAACCAAAGCCCUCGGGAAAACAGCUAAUUUCCUGGAGAUUCUGUAAGCUCUUUCGAUAAAGACUUGUAUAUCAGUCUGUUGGGAAAAUAAUGAGCACUCUGUCAAGACAAAAUCAUGCUCAUUAUUUUCCCGGCAGACAAAUAUUCUUUCUUUUUUUUUUGAUUUUGUGGUAAAUCUCUCCGUUUUUAUUGGUUUAUUCGUUUUGCAGUGACAUUUCGGAUAAUCGGUUAAUGUGUGUGACCCAACCAACGUUUGGCGGCUUCAGGAAGUUGCAGUUUUUGUAAGGUCUUAUUUUUUUACUUCUUUUAUUUUUUGCUUGGUAAACCGAGCUGCUCACCAAACAAUAAUUGCAAUUGCACUUCAGAUCGCUGGCAAAGAACGAUCUCCGCUGCGUCACCGAGCACGCUUUUAACAACCUAACCGAGAUCAAGAACUUGUAAGUUCUAGGGCGCUUGGGAAGCUUAAAAAAUACUACGGUAAAUGAGUAUAGCUAAUAUCUGUCUGUCGGGAAAAUAAUGUGGAUUCGUCGCACUUUAAAAUCUCCAAUCAUCGCUUUGCCAUGGCUGGCCGCGGCUGGAGAUUUGGUGUGCGACUGCGACAAAUCAGGACCUUUUUCUGCGAUAAUCCACAUUAUUUUCCCGACAGGCUGUUAUAUCAAUUGGCCUCGUAUAGACGUGCCAACAACAACAACAACAACAAGAAAAAAUAUGGUGACUUAAUAGAGGCGCACUCACUUUACUAUCAGUCCGUCGGGAAAAUAAUGAGCCAUCUGUCGCAUUGAAAAUUGCAUCGCCGCCGAGAAAAUGAACUGUCUUCACGGCAAAAUCAAAUUUAUUUUCGCUUCAGCGACGCGGUCGGCGCAGCUACAGCAUGCUCAUUACUUUCCCGACAGACUGAUAUAAUUUUAAUGGCUUGACUUCUGAUUCGAUUUUCAGAUACCUGUCCAACAAUGAGCUGCAAUGUGACUGUCAUCUAAAGAGCUUCGUUGAGGACCUUCAGAGAAACUUGAGCUCCAAAAUUUUCGAUUCCCCGGUUUGCGCGGGGCCCAAGGAACUGGCCGGAAAGGAGAUUUUGAGCCUCAAGUCAAGUCAGCUUAUCUGUGAUGGUAUGCGUUUCUUAAAAAAACAUUAUCGUAUCUUUCAGGCGACUCAUUUUCGAUCUGCGCCGAAGACGGGAACUACUGUCCAGCCGGGUGUCUUUGUGAGAACAAGACCGUGCGAUGUUCUGGCAGAGGCUUCAAGGAGUUCCCGCUUGGCAUCCCGUCGGACACCACGGAGCUCUACCUGGAUAACAAUGAGAUCUCCGCGAUCUCCGCAAAGCAUUUUGGAAGGCUUCCAAAUUUGCUCAAAUUGUAAGUGAUCAAAGAAGGCCUUGUUUUUAAAACACGCGGUUUCGGGGCCCGCUGCGCGCCCCACUGCGGGUCGGGUCAGGUUUUUUUCAUGGGGUGGUCAAGUCUUUCCCCCUAAUGUUAUUUUUUCCCCGAAAUUCAGACUGUUAUAUCGGAGGUUAAUCAAGGUAAAUCUGGUCAGUUCUUGUUGAUUAUUUCAAGAACAAGUCUUAUUCUAUUUUUAGAAAUCAAAUUUGAUUGGAAUUACGGUGUGGGUUUGCCUCAAUUUUCAGCAUUCUUUGGGGGUAGGUAUUCUAUCGGUCUGUCGGGAAAAUAACGGCGGAUCGUCGCGCCUCGGAAUCACCCAUUAUCGCUCUGCGACUUAGCGCAUAGGCUUAGGCUUAGUUUGCUUAGCCGCUUAGGCUGCUUAGGCUUAGCUUAGGCUUAGUUUGCUUAGCCGCUUAGGCUCAGGCUAAUUUGUUGGCGCUUUGCGCGCACACCCCAACGCAGCUUGUCCUAUUUUUAGUCCCUCCCUUCCAUCCGGUUCUCAAUCGAAUCAUUUCGAUUAAUAUUAAUUUCUUUUAUUGCAAUAAAUCUUGAGCAGAAUAAUGACUCGAAACUUUUUACAAUACAUUAAGUUGUAACAAUAAAAAGUGGAGAUCAUGGGUUCAUUUAAAGCGACAAACCGAGAUGGAUUGCUCUGUUGAUAGCAUUCAUGAAAGGGAAGAUACCAUGGAAUAGAUGGCUGUGGGAGAUUUGUACAUGAGAUCAGAAUGGUUUAAUUUGUACAAAAGGGAAAUUGCGGGUCCUCUGGCAUAUUGCAAGGGAUGAUCUUCACCAUUGGUAGGUCAGGAUCAUCGUUGUGUAGAAUCAAAGCAUACAGCUGUCUCUGGCUGAGCGUAAUUGCCCUUAGGCAUUCACUGCUUCAGACGGGAACGACGGAUCCGCAAAGGCGGACUGAAAUGCUGCAUCUGUCCCACGUCCUCCACACUGAUCAGAAUAUGAAUCAUAGUCUCAGAAAGUAUGCGAAUAAUUAUUGCGAGGAUGGAGAUUCUGGAAAACCGAACCGGCCACCAGAACCCGAUUGGAGAAAACGAUGGAGCACUGCCUGAGGGGCGCGUUUUUAAGGAAAGAAGGGGCGGAGUCUGUUUAUCAGCAAAAAGGGUGCAAGUCAUCUCUCGACUUGUGAUCGGAGUCGGCAGAAAGUGCUGUAAUUUCGUAGAAAAACCAAGAAUUGCAUAGAAAAGUGUCCCCUCCCUCGGGGAAAUUGUGCGAGUGACGCAAUCACUGGCUACAAAUCACAGUAAGACCGUCCGGGGGCAUCUCUCUACCUUGUACUGCAGAAUCCGGACCUUUCCAGGUCUCUUUAUCUGGAAAGGUCUUUUUACUGUUGACUGUUGAUCCUCCCUUCUGUGCUGCAUCAGCAAAAAAGAGACAGAUUGUGGUCUUGACGUUCAGAGAAGUCAAGUGAUCGGUUCCAAAUAUUAUCUUUAUUAACGCAAAAAAUUUAAUUCCCAUAAAAGGAAUUCCUGGUACCAUAAUUGAUAAGCUUUGGAGGCGAGUUUACAACCUCCAGACAAGGGCUAGUCAUAGCAAAGCGAUAAUGAGUGAUUUCAAUCUGCGUCAAAUUCACAUUAUUUUUCCGACCGACUGAAAAAAGAUCAAGGAAACCUGGCCCAAGCUUUGUCUGUAUUUCUUCUAGGCGGUUUACGAGACUCCGAGUUCAGGAUUUGCAGCGAAAAACAAGAUUUUUAGCCCGAAAAAUGGUCGAAAUUUUUCGUUGUCUUGCUGGGAGACUCGCAGAAGCAUUAGAGAAAAAAAUGUUUUAAAUUUGUGCUUAAUUUCAAUCAAAACUUGAGCGUCGCACUUGUGGUACUUCUCUUGUACAGUGACGGACCUGAUCCAGUGACAAAAAACGUACCAUUUUGCAUCCUGGAAGUAUCAAAAAUAUUGCAAAAUACAUCUCUUUCCGACUAAAAAUCUCGGUUUUGAAUGGCCCUCACAAAAAGAGCGGGCGCGCUUUUCAAAUCGGAGUUUUUUCACUUGGAGAAGGAGGUAUUUUGCUACAUUUUUGGUACUUCCCGAAUGCAAAAUGAUACGUUUUUUGCCACUGGAUCAGGUCCACCACUGUAUGUAUACAUAUAAUACAUAGUUACCUUAACAUUGCAACAAAACCAACCCCUUUUUGCAGAGAUCUCUCUCAGAACCACCUAAAAAUCAUCGAAAGCGACGUUUUCUCCGCUCAAUCUCAACUCCACACCUUGAUAUUGGCCUACAACGAGCUGCAAUGCAUUGAGGAGAGGGCUUUUCAGGGCCUUUCGAGUUUGAAAAUCCUCUCCUUGCAUGGGAAUCGCAUCGCCAUUCUGCCGGAGAACGCGUUCAGCGAUCUGCACUUCAAUUUGAGCCAUAUUGCCGUGGGCGCGAACCAACUGCAUUGCGAUUGUCGGCUCAAAUGGUUCUCCCAUUGGAUUAAGGAGCGAUUUGUGGAGCCGGGAAUUGCGCGAUGCGAAUCGCCAAAGCACUUGAGAAAUAAGUUGCUGCUGACUUCGGAUGAGAGCCGAUUCGAAUGCGGGAAGGAGAAGGACAAUGAGGUGGAGGCCAAGUGUGACGCAUGUGCUGUUAAUCCGUGCAGGAAUCAUGGUAAGUACAUACAGUAAUAUCACUCUGUCUAAAAAAUAAUGAGCACUCCGUUGCGUCGAAAAAAUCCCAUCGCUGCCGAGAAAAUGAAUUGUCUUCGCGUCAAAAUCAAAUUGCUUUUCACUUCAGCGACCCGGUCGGCGCAGUGACAUUGUGCUCAUUAUUUUUCCGACAGGUUAAUACUACUCACGCUCAAAAGCUUGGAGCGCGAGUAGUAGUCCGUUCACAAAGGCUGGCGUGAUUUUGGCGGCAUGCGCUGUGAAAGUCUAAAAGUUUACUUUUGCACUGUGCAAUUUCUUGCUUUUUGCAGCGUAUAUCAGUCUGUCGGAAAAAUAACGCCGCACUUCAAACUGAGAUAAUCUAAAACAGUCCGGUGAAUGGAUUAGCAAUUUACCAAAAAAAGACGCGAAAAAACGUUUUGUCGGGGAAGAAAUGGGGAAUUUUUGGGGCGAGAGAGUACGCUUUUGCGUGUUUUUUUCUCUCUUUCUCUGCAAAAUCAAGACGAAGUGUAAAAAACCGAUAGCGAAGAGUCUAUUCCGGUCACCGGACAACUCAGUUUGACGUGCGUAAUAACUUCCGAUUUUCCCUUCACAUAGCCUCCUCGAGAGCUUAAAAUUGUAAGCAUUCCUGUUUCUAGGAGUCUGCACGCGCCAGCCAUCGCUCUCGUUCAAAUGCGUUUGUUCGGCCGGCUUUCACGGCUCGCUUUGUGAACACGAAAUCGACGCAUGUUAUGGAGACCCCUGCCAUCAUAAUGGGACUUGCAAAGUGAUCGAAGAAGGCCGAUUCAAAUGCUACUGUCCCAAAGGUUUCCGCGGCGAGCGAUGCGAGAUCAAUAUUGAUGAUUGUGCCAACAACAAGUGUCAAAACGGCGCAAAGUGCUUGGAUAUGGUGAGAAUUUGACUUUUACUAUCAUUUAGUUGAUUCAAAAUAGUAGCUAAAAUUGUGUUUUCAGAUCAACGGUUACAAAUGUGAAUGCCCUCCGAUGUUCAGUGGGAAGUUCUGCGAGAAGAAGUUGGUCUACUGCACAAAGGACAUGAAUCCCUGCAAGAAUAAUGGAAAAUGUCUGCCCGUCAAUGGAGGAGCCAACUACAGGUACUACUAGUACUUUCGAAAAAAGGGCAAACAAGUCUACGCACUUUUGAAAAAGCGUAAUACCUUUUAUCAGUCUGUCGGGAAAGUAAUGAGCAUAAUCUUGCUGCGCCGAUCGCGAGUGAAAAGCAAUUUGGUUUUGCUGCAACACAAUUCAUUUUCUCGGCGGCAAUGCAAUUUUCGAUGCCACAGAGUGCCCAUUAUUUUCCCGACAGCCUGAUAAACCUCCAUGCAAAAAAACCUCCGUAUAACGAACGGAUUUAUUUUCACAUUCUUUGCAAUCCUUUGUCCAUAGGUUUGACAGUACUUGAUUCUACAGUGAGGGACCGGAUUCAAUGGCAAAAAACGUCUCAUUUUGCAUCCCGUAAGGGACCAAAAUGUCUCUAAACCCUUCCCUUUUCUAACUAGGGAAGUGUACAAACGAACCCUCAUCAAAUGGCAAGUGAUAUACACCAUUUGAAAGCCCUUGAAAAAUGGUGCAAGAUACCAUUUUCAUUUUUUGCAGAAUGCCUUUCCGCGACGACAUACUGUAAAUUUUAUUAUUUUUAGGUCAUUUCGCAACAAAAAUCUUUCUUUCUCUUGAGCGGAUAAAAAUCCUCGAAGAGGGUUGCUUCAAUAGUGCACUUAAAAAAAUUGCCUUUUCAAAAUAAAUUACAGUCAUUCCUUGGCCCUGCAAGAUUGAUUUACUCACAAUUCAUUUACUUCUAGCUGCUUGUGCCAAACCGGCUUCACCGGCGAGAACUGCACAAUAAACGCCGACGACUGUCAUUCCCACCAAUGCCAGAACGGAGGACUCUGCGUCGAUGGGCUUGGCAAAUACGAAUGCAACUGUCCAAUUGGCUAUAGCGGACAACACUGCGAGCUGAUGACUUCUAUGGCCAAUCUCCUGUACAAUGACAACCCUCCGUCGUGUUCGCCGCACACUUGCUUGCAUGGGCAAUGUGUGGCGAAUGAGGAGGACGAGUUGGAGUGUAAAUGCGAGCAUGGGUACAGUGGAAAGGAUUGCGAUAAACGACAGACGAUUGGGUUUGAUAAAAAGGACAGUUAUGUAGCGCUACCGCCUUGGGAAACAAGUCCGGAAGGGAACUUGUCGUUCGUGGUGAGGACCGAGAAAAGGUGAGCAACGUAAUAAUUGGGUUGUGAAAAACGGCAGACUUGUAUGUAACACACUUUUUUAAAAGGCUGAAAAUAUGAAAUGUAAUACAAAAAAGUAAGAAAAAAUUAAGAGAAUCUUGAUUAUAGCGGAUUUAUUAAAAAACCUUACGAUCGGAGCUACAAAACAUCCUAAAAUGCUGAUUGAAGUCGAUUCAUGGGCCAGGCCUUACAGUGACGGACCCGAUCCAGUGGCAAAAAAAACGUAAUAUUUUGCAUUCGGGAAUCAUCAAAUGUGGCAAAAUGCUUCCCUAUCCAAGUGAAAAGAGUUAGUUUUGAAGGGCGCGCUUUUGAAAGCGAAGUUUUUUCACUUGGAGAGGAAGCAUUUUACCACAUUUUUGAUACUUUCCGGGUAAAAAAUGGUCAAUGGAUCAGGCCCCCCAGCAGACUGGGGAUUGACAAUUCAUAAAUAUAUCGUCAUUUGAGGCCCAUUUACAAGCUAGUCUGUAUCAGUGUACCCACAAAACACAAAGAAAAACUGCUUCAAGUUUUAUACCAAAUUUUGACAGUUUUUCUCAUCCGUAACACCCAUCAUUUCAGUGACGGCGUGAUUGCCUACUACGGAGACGGCAAGGCACAUUUGGCUUUGGAGUUGUUUGAUGGAAGAGUCAAGGUCAGCUUUUACGUUGGCAACUAUCCAGCCAGCCAUCUUUACAGCUACGCGAUUAGUAAGUUUUGCAAAUAUAUCCCACUGUUUUUUCAUGCAGGAAAACCUCAAGCUUUUACUGUAAUUUUCUCUCAUUUUGAUGACACUUUUAUUUUCCAGUCAACGACGGAGCUCCCCAUCGAAUGAAGGUGUCAGUCUCGGGCAAUAAAGUUGGACUUACCAUUGACAAUCUGUCCACUCAAACAGUUGUGAACUUCGGGAAAAUUGAGAUGUUUGAACUGUCGACAAAACAAUUCCUGUUUUUGGGAGGAUUACCGGAGACGGUCGGGAAAAGGGCGGUGAACGGAUUCCACAUCAAAACGGCGGAGAGUAUGAAAGGUACGUAAUUUAGUUGACAAGGAAGGUGUUAAAAAAUCUACCGAAAAUUUGAUGACACUUCCCUGUAGACCUCCUAAAACGAAAUGAUAACACAUUACCAUUACAUUUCAGGUUGUAUAACGAACAUAACUGUAAACAACAAGACAAUUGAUUUGAAUGAGGAUGUCGUUGAUGAAAAGAAUAUCAUUGCUGGCUGUGUCGGAGUCGUAAAUGUUUGCAACGGAGUGAGAUGUCAGAACAAUGGAAAAUGCCUCCAAAACUCGACCAAUUCAAAUGGAUUUUCCUGCGAGUGUAGCGACGGAUUCAGCGGGGACAAGUGUGAAAAACGUAAGCUAAUAAGAUAAGAGUUUUAUCAGUUUGUCGGGAAAAUAAUAAGCACUCUGCCGAUGCGCCAAUCACCUCUCUGAAGUGAAAAACAAUUUGAUUUUGUCGCAUCACUGUCAAGAUAAUGAAAUUCUCGGCAGCGAUGCGAUUUUUGGAGCGACAGAGUGCUCAUUAUUUUCCCGGCAGGCUGAUACAGUGCCGGGCUUGAUCCAGUGGCAAAAAGUACCACUUUGCAACCGGAAAGUAUCAAAAAAUGUAGUAAAAUACCUCCCUCCUCAAGUGAAGAACUCCGAUUUCAGGACGUCCCACGUCAAACCGACAUAAGCUAGGGCGGUCCGGUGAAUGGAUUAGCAAUUCGCCGAAAAAAGACGCGAAAGAAUUUUCUGUCGGGAAAGAAAUGGGGAACCUUUGGGGCGAGAGAGUACGUUUUGCGCGUCUUUUCUGACGUGCGGCCUUCAAGACGGAGUUUUUUUCAGUUGGAGAAGGAAGCAUUUUGCCACAUUUUUGAUACUUCCCGGAUGCAAAAUGUAUAUUUUUUGCCACUGGAUCAGAUUAGUCCCUGUAGACAGUUCUUACACUUUUGCCGUACGGAAAUCUUGUCGAAAUACCACAGUAUUCUAGUAUACUGCAGUACUCACCCUCCAAUUUCAGGCGAGAUCCGCUGCAUCAAGGAGAAGUUCCGCGAAUACGUCGAGGAGGGCCAAUGCCGCUCCGUGGAGAAGAUCAAGAACGCCCGAUGUUUGGGCUGGUGUGGGAACGCCGACGCCAACUCCCUGAAUCAGCCAAUGGCCGGUUGUUGCGCGGCGGUGCGAAUCAAGAAGCGCAAGGUCCGGCUGCAGUGUCUGGAUGGGACGGAGCGCACCAAAACCGUCGACAUUAUCCGCAAAUGCCAAUGCUCCAACGAUUGCCAGGCCCCCAAGUCACCGUUUGUGAUAUGA